AUGGCUAGAACAUACGUUGGUCUAGGUGGUGGCCAUGCAGGCGAAGUGGGUAUCAUGAUGCCAGAUCACAACUCUGGCGGUCUGCUUUUGCUCUGCAUGAUUCUUAUGUCCCUCUCACUUAUCUCAAUGGUCAUAUUUGCCUGUGGUGAUUACGAAGGAUCAAACAAGGAAAGACGUGGAGGCGGCGCUGCAUUUGGACGUGGACGUGGACGUGGAGGUGGCGGCGCUGCAUUCGGAGGUGGAGGUGGCGGCGCUGCAUGCGGAGGUGGAGGUGGUGGCGGCGCUGCAUGUGGAGGUGGAGGUGGAGGUGGAGGUGGAGGCGGCGGUGCUUCAUGUUGA